AUGUGCUUCAAAGAGAGGGCAAAGCAGUGUCAGAAAAAGUGGAGAUGCUGUGAGCUCAAGAGAGGUAGAAGGAAUCUCAGCAUCAUAGGAAGGGGAGGAGUGAAAGGAGAGGAAAGGAGCUGGGAGGAGGGACCAAGAAGUGGAGAGUCACGAGGUCCCGGGGAGCCUCUCUUUCUCCCUCCCUCUCUGCAGCAGUAUCUGCACAGCAUCCCCAGUUCCCCUCCAUCUUCUGGGCCCCCACCCAUCCCUCACCCAACAAUCCGCAAGCAUCAUCAGCUUCCAAGCCAUUCCUGCUGUCAUAGUCCUUGCUUGGGGGAGACUCUACUCCCAGCCCAAACUAUCCCUGACAGGUGA